AUUGACUCCUCAGCUUGGAGUUGGCCUUUCGGCUUUUCCGCAUUGGCGAGACAACAGACGCAUCCCGCGCUGCGACUUGCGCAUCCGCCGUACCCAGCCUCGACGAAUCUCCUAACAUCGAGUCCACCACUGGCACGCGAAAGUGGAGGACGGUCUGUGGUAUGGAGGAUCAUAAUCGCCUUCGAAGGCAGAAUGAACAGCCCAUGCACCCGGCAUCUAACCCAAGAUAUGUGCACGAUCCUUCGCAGGGACGCCGUUCCAUGCCCGCCGGGUCCUCCGAUCGUUACAACCGGCCCGCGCCGGUGAACACACCACCCUCUCAGGGGAGAGCGAUUGCGGGAGCGGGUAGCUACAGCGCGUACAACUAUCCCGAGCAAGUCACGGGGUCCUUCGCCACCUCCAUGGCGGCCAAUUCGAUGCACUAUCAGUCGGGGUAUGGGCAGGACGGUCGGCAACAGCCAAGCUUUGCGGGCUACAACACAAUGCCCAUGGGUUACGAAAACCUGGCGGGUACCACAGGUUCCGUUUAUGACGCGCAAGCGCAGUUUCAGCGGCAGCCUGCAGGUGCCUCCAUCUUGCCAACCGACGUGCAAGCAUCAUAUUUCCCCAACGACCCGAACAGCACCCCCGGCCCUUCCACCCUUUCGCACGCGCAGCCGGCCACUGCCACCCCCACAACGUACCAGUCAUCAUCCCAGUUGCAGCAGGGUUUCUCGACGACCAACAUGUCCGGCGUAGGCGGCAUGGCCCAGCCGACACCAAACGCGGAGGUGGCGAUAGAAGAGCAAGAAUACCCGGUGUCGGGGGGGUUGGAAGAGAAAUGGAUCGAAUACCAGACAGCCUUGCGGGGCGUGUUCCAAAACAUCCGCGCCGGUGCCCUGGAAUCCGCGAGCCAGUCGCUUCUGGACGUUUCCAACUGGCUCUUGUCCCAGGUCCAGGAACUAGGGCUGUGCCAGGACGACCCGAAGCUGCACCAAGACCGGAUCAAGCUCUGGGAGAACUUCAACCACGCGUGGCUGGCGCUCUUCCAGGCCCAGAAGGACAUGAUGCAGCCCGGGCGGUUACUGCAGCGGCCGCAGAGCCUCGUAUCGGAGGAAGGCCUGGAGAGGAUGGGCAAGGAGCUCAUUCGGCUAUGCGACGGUAUCGAGCGCCAUGGCCUUGUGGACUACCACUAUGGCGUCUGGGAGGAACGGAUCCUCGAUAUUAUCCAAGAGUGUUUGGAUAUAACCCAAUCCGCCGACGGCAGCGGGCCCCACGCUCACUCUGGCGGGAGCGGCUGAUUUUUCUCGGUCAUGACGACAGCGACGGGACGAUAAAGCAUGACAAAAUUGCUGUUUUAAGCAUCCCCCAACGAGACAAGAAGAAAAAGAAGAAGAGUGGUCGAAAAGGGGAAGAAAAAGAAAAGAUUACAA